GUUUUAUCAUGAUAAAAACUUUCUACAAAUCUGCUGACAUUAACUGGUGCAUUGAUGAAUAUUUCGGUAAAAUUGUUUUCGAAGAAUUCUUUAAAUUCGCCGGCAUGAGUUUGACAAGGUCGAUAUCAUAUUUUGGGAGUAUACUGUCAAAAUGUAACGUCUUUCGGUCGUUUUCAUCUUGUUCUUCGCAAUUAAGUUCAUACGAUCCUUAUCCCGAAUAUGAAGUUGCUUCACCCUAUAAACCGAGAUUGAAAUGGCGUUAUGGAUAUAAGCCAAACUACUUCACCGGAGGUUUACUGCCUAGAGUAAAGGAAGGUGAAUACAAAGAUAAACCCCUUCCAUUGCCCAAAGAUGAACCAUGGAAAAGAGAGCAAUGGACAAAAGAAAAGGCCAAUUUUGGACAAAACGAUUAUAUAGAUAUUCUUGGAGAUGGUGACGUUAAACCUUGGGAAUUGUCUACCGCCCCUGUAUGGCUGAGAGGACAUAAAGAGACUCAUGAAAUAACUAGAUUAUACGAAAGAUUACGUCACGAAGGCAAAUGGCUACAAGAAACUCAGCCUGAAAAGUAUCACCGAUUAAGAAAACAUAUUUGGUACUUAUAUAAACGAAUAAAUAAUAAGAGACUGAGAAGAAAUUAUUGGGGUCAUAAGUUUGCAAGAAGUAGAUUUAUUGUUAAGGAAAAACCAUGGGAUGAAGACUAAUGUUCAAUUCAAGUUUUGUAAAGAAAACGUGCAUUCUAGAAGAAACUUUCAAAAAAUAUGUUACUUAUUAAAUUGAAUUCAAUUUUAUUGAAUAUAAAACUGCAUACAUAAUAAAAAACAAUUACAUAACUCUAACUUAAAUAUAGCUC